AUGAAAUCGUCCAUCAUCUCUACCAUCGCCCUCUUCCUUUCUCUCUCCAACCUGACCUUCUCUCAGCAGGUCAUGACCGUCGCUUAUGACGAGACCUACGACAAUGCAAACCUGGAUUUGUUAACGACGAGCUGCUCUGAUGGAGCCAAUGGCUUGGUAACUAAAGGCUUCCACGUCGCGGGCGAUCUUCCCAUCUUCCCAAGGAUCGGAGCUGCGUUCUCAGUGGCAGGCUGGAACAGCACCAACUGCGGAAAAUGUUACAAAUUGAAAUUCGAGGAGACUGGCGUGGAAAUUCCCGUGAUUGCGAUGGAUCAUGCUGGGAGCGGGUUCAACUUAGCAAAGGCAGCAAUGAAUGAGCUGACAGGGGGACGAGCAGUAGAGAUCGGAAGGACUGAUAUGACUGUUACUGAGGCAGUGCCAGGGGAUUGUGGGAUGUGA